AUGGCUUGUGUUCCGGAAACCAUCUGUACUCAUUUGACACUAGGGACACUGGAUGUGUGCCCGUAUGGAAAGGAAUCAUCUUGCAGUACUACGGUUGAGAAUGAUAAUGCAAGAAGACGUCAUCAUAGAGCUGGAAACGAAUUAGCUGCGGCAGCAGCAGAACAGAGAAGGCGCUGGGGUUACUCCCCUGAAUUGAUGCUUUGUGAUGAUCCAUGGAAGAUAACGAAGAAGCUGACACAGAGUGAUCUUGGUUACUUGAGUAGACUCUUGAUUAGCAAAGAUUUGGCUGAGGACUUAGUGCUUCCUGUGUUGACACCUGAACAAAGAGUGGCUCUCUACCAAAACGGAACUCAAAUCUUGAUUUGGGACAUGGACACCCAAUCCCUACAUUACUUGGUUUUCAAGUUUUGGGUUUCUUCAAGAAGUUAUGUUUUCAUUGACAAUUGGACUAAAGAUUUCGUCAAAAGAAGGGGCUUGAAGAAAGGUGAUGAAAUCAAACUUCAUUGGGAUCCAUACAAGAAGUGCUUCGAUUUUUCAGUUCUUUAUUCUAAUUAG